AUGGGAUCCUGGGCCGAAAGGCAGGGUGUCCUAAGAGAAGGAAACCACGUGGCUUUAGAUGGGCACUCGCUUAGCCUGGGAACUGUUGUUGCUAUCUCACGUGACGGUUCGAAAGCGCUGAUCAAGGAGUCCGAAGAGCUGUACGAACGCGUACAGCAGAGUGUGAACACACUAAGCACGAGUCUUGACAAGGGAGAGCAAGUGUAUGGAGUCAAUACUGGCCCCGGUGGCAAUGCUGCUACGAGAACCCGCCGCUUGGAGAUGCUUCAGCACUCCUUCCUCCAACAUCACCAAUGUGGGAUCUUGACGGACCCAGCGCUGAAUUCCGAGUCUCUUGUUCAACGAGGAGAUUUAAGUGACUGUCUACCUGUGGCUGUUGUUCGAGCAGCUAUGCUAAUACGCUGCAAUUCUCUCCUUCGAGGGCAUUCUGCCGUACGGGCCGAAGUUGUCGAAUUGUUGCUUCGUGCAAUGAACAGCGAUAUCACCCCGGUCAUUCCUCUCCGGGGUAGUAUAUCAGCCUCGGGAGACCUUUCUCCUCUUUCCUAUGUCGGUGGGCUUAUCGAAGGAAAUCCCGAUAUAUUCGUGCAAGUCAAAGAAAAUGACAGAUAUCGUGUUCUAUCCGCAAAGGCGGCCCUCGAACAGAUAAACCAGGUUCCAAUGAUACUCCAGGCCAAGGAGGGUCUCGGAAUCAUGAAUGGUACAGCUCCCAGUGCCGCGGCAGCGUCUUUAGUUCUAUACGACAGCCACAACCUCGCGCUUUUGACUCAGGUGCUUACUGCUAUGGCGACCGAAGCGCUCGCUGGAACCGUCGAUAAUUACCAUGAUUUCAUUUCUCAGUGCCGACCGCAUCUAGGCCAGGCCGAAGUGGCUCGAAACAUCAGGUCAUUUCUUUCCGGAUCGCGUCUGUCACUUGAAUUAGAUGUCAAUAAACAGGGCCUCAUCCAGGAUCGGUACGCUCUGCGCACUGCACCUCAAUGGAUCGGACCCCAGUUAGAAGACCUUAUGUCCGCAACCCGCCAAAUGGAAGUCGAAAUAAACUCGUCGACCGACAAUCCACUGAUAGACUCAUUGGAAGGGCGCUUUCACCACGGAGGAAACUUCCAAGCUGCAUCCGUAACGUCUGCAAUGGAAAAGACCCGCACAGCGUUGACAAUGCUGGGAAGAAUAUUGCUUGGACAAUGCGGAGAGCUGAUAAACCCCAUGUUGAGCAGAGGGCUGCCUCCAAACCUCUGCGCAGAUGACCCAAGUCUGUCUUUCGCCAUGAAAGGCUUGGAUGUGCACAUGACGGCGUACUUCUCGGAGCUGGCAUAUCUUGCCAACUCGGUCGCCAGCCACGUCCAGACGGCGGAGAUGAACAACCAGUCCGUCAACUCACUUGCCUUGAUAUCGGCCAGAUAUACCGGGAAGGCUGUUCAUCUGCUCUCCAUGAUGUGCGCAGUACAUUUGUAUAUCCUGUGCCAAGCUUUAGACCUCCGUGCCUUGACGGUAGACUUCCUCGAGACAGCCAAGGAGGAAGCAAAGCAGGCCUUCGACGAGGCGUUCACCAACCCGAAAGAUCUGAAGAUGGACUUCGAGGAAGCAUGGAUGUCUAUCGAAAAUUCCUGGCUAGAGACAAGCCAACAGGACCUCGUUCCACGAUGUGAAGAGGUGACUUCGCGAUCCGUGAGUUACAUUUUGAACGCCGAAUUGAGUGCCGAGGGCACUCCUGAUCCCUUCGUGUGGAACUCGGCCAAAGCAUGGAAGACCAAACUUUCUUCGCUUAUCUACAGAAUCUACGACAAUACCCGCAAAAAGCUCUUCAAAAAGCCACUGACACCCGAUUUCCUCGGAGACACGUCAAAAGCCAUGUACCUAUUCGUCCGCGAAGAGCUUGGCAUCCCUUUUCAUCAGGGCGUAACUGACCAUCCCAUCUUGCCAAAAUGCGCUGAAUGCUCGGAUGACAAGAAAACAAUUGGGUCUUGCGUUACACGCGUCUAUGAAGCAAUUCGGGACGAUGAAUUAAUUGACGUUUUGAAGAAUGUACUGUAG